GCUUCCCUCAAGCAGAAGUGCGCACUGUAGCCUGCUAUUCACAUUCGCAGGUCUAUUGAAGCAGCACCUGGAUCUACCAAGGACAUAACUAUUGAAUCGAGCUGUCUGAAUGCAGCUUUUGUUUGAUAUGUAAUGUUGAAGGUGUUUUUUUCCCUCCAUGGAUGAGACCUGAACAAAAAAGUUGCCACUUGCAGCAGACUCCUUUGCGUAAAGGACUGAGUCUGAAUCAUGCAUUGCGCAUAAUCUCUGCUCAUUUACGAUUAAUUUACAGGAGAGAAGCGCAUCUCCACCUACAGGAUGCCAGUCGCGCUCUGAAUGUUGCUGCAUGGUUUUGGGCAGGGGGUACCAAACUUGCGCAAAAGAGCCUGAUUCUUCAUAAGUAUUGAUUGCCCGUCACAAGGUGAUUGGCACUAUGUCAGUCUUACGGAGGAAAUUUGGCGAGGACUACCAGGUGGUAAACACCAACCGGGACAUGACUUUUUCCGCACCGGCGAAGAAAAAGAGGCAGCGGUUUGUAGAGAAGAACGGCCGCUGCAAUGUCCAGCACGGUAACCUUGGCGGGGAGACCAGCAGAUACAUCUCCGAUCUCUUCACCACGCUGGUGGAUCUCAAGUGGCGCUGGAACAUGCUCAUUUUCAUCCUCACGUACACAGUUGCGUGGCUGGUCAUGGCUUCAAUGUGGUGGGUCAUCGCUUACAUCCGCGGCGACCUGAGCCACGGCGGCCACGACGCGUCCUACACCCCGUGCGUCGCCAACGUGUACAACUUUCCCUCCGCGUUCCUGUUUUUCAUCGAGACGGAGGCGACCAUCGGCUACGGCUACCGGUACAUCACGGAGAAGUGCCCGGAGGGUAUCAUCCUCUUCCUCUUUCAGUCGCUAAUGGGGUCCAUCGUGGACGCCUUUCUCAUCGGCUGCAUGUUCAUCAAGAUGUCGCAGCCGAAGAAGCGCGCGGAGACGCUGAUGUUCAGCCAGGACGCGGUCAUUUCGCAGCGGGACGGGAAGUUGUGCCUCAUGUUCCGAGUGGGGAACCUGCGGAACAGCCACAUGGUGUCUGCGCAGAUCAGGUGCAAACUCAUCAAGUCUCGGCAGACCCCAGAGGGCGAGUUCCUGCCCCUGGACCAGUGUGAGCUGGACGUGGGCUUUGGGACGGGGGCGGACCAGCUCUUCUUGGUGUCGCCUCUAACCAUCUGCCAUGAGAUCAACACCAAGAGCCCGUUCUUUGAUCUGUCGCAGCGCUCACUAAUGAACGAGCAGUUUGAGAUUGUUGUCAUUCUAGAGGGCAUCGUGGAAACCACUGGUAUGACAUGCCAGGCGAGGACAUCUUACACUGAAGAUGAGGUUUUGUGGGGCCAUCGUUUCCUCCCCGUCAUGUCACUGGAGGAGGGCUUCUUCAGAGUCGACUACUCCCAGUUCCACAACACCUUUGAGGUCAACACGCCUCCCUACAGCGUCAAAGAACAGGAGGAGAAGUCCUCGUUGACGUCGCCCAACUCCUUCUCUGUCGCCACCCCAUCUUCCCCUCAGUUGGGUAACGGUGGCCGCGGAGGCCGCAGGGAAAGACUACUGUCAGCCGACUAUGCAGACCACGCAGAGGACCAGGCCUUCAGGUUACCCAGCAAACUUCAGCGCAUGAGCUCCACCAAGGAGGAGCUCCUCUGUAGGAGAUUGAAGACAGGGCCAGCCUUGCCUGGGGGGAAGGCCUCCAGCACAGGAGACCUUCCGCUUAGUAUUCAGAGGCUGAGGUCAAGCUCCAUCCCCGUUGUGAGGCAAAGACAGCUGGAUGAGCAGGUCCAGCUGCUGUGCUUGGAUGGAGAUGCCCAGGAGGAUAAGCUGGAGAAACACAGACUGCCAGCAGCCAUUAGCACCAUCGCUGCACCAACCCAAACCCCGGUUCAGAUCCCCUUGGUAGGGAGUCGGCCAGAGGACAACCUGCCCGCCAAACUGCGCAGAAUGAAUGCUAACCGCUGACUUCUGCAGACUACCUUUAAGACUUUUGAAAUAAAGACUACUGGGAUAUACGUUUUAUUUAUUUUCUGCAGAUUUUGGCCAGUAUUUUACAUUUACUUACGGGCUCUCUACUAAGUUGUCUAUUGCCACAAAUAGAAGGACAACGCCAAUAAGCCAUCCAUCCGCUCAUACUGUGAGUCAUUUUUGAUAGAUCACCAUCUGUGCCCCCCACUGACAUCUAAGACUUCUGCCCUUGUGCUUGUUUCUUUCACUUGUGUUUAUAGUUUCAUCAAGACUCUAUUAUCUCAAACAACUCCACUUUUUUUUUUACAUGUGAUCAAGCACCAAAGUGGCAGUCAUAAUUAAGACUGACCUGAAUUGACCAUUCGCUUAACCCCUCGUCCUAUCAUAGCUUAGCAACUGUAAGGUCUGGCAGGUCGGUCAAGCGUAGGAUUUCUCCACAUGCCUCAAGCAGCGUAUGUGGGGCUUCAGUAAGACUUAAGACCCACUGAAAGCAGUGUGAUGCAAAGUUUGUCCUCAAUCAUUUUCUAUGGGACAAUAGCUAAUCGAUUCACAAGGUGUUGUGGGCUUCCUGGCGAUGCAGGACUGACCAGCGAUGCAAAAAACAAAAAGGGAGGGGUUGAAAGCUUUUUCACCUUUAUGUGAAUGGUGGCCAAAUUCGCUCAGAGGAUCUUCUCCAUAGGAGAGAUCCCUCUGCAUCUAAAGUGUGAGGAACGGAUGAAACGGUGUGUUUAUAUGCUCUAAAGUAAGCUGCAAAAGUUGUCUGGCUAACAAGCUCACUACCUACAGUACUAUCAUCAUUACCUCCAAGGCCAAGGGGCAUUAUAAUAACUGACUACCUAGAGUAGUUUGUGGGGUUACGGGCCAUAUUAUAAAAAAGUACCCCUAACAACCAGCACAUCCACUGUGUAGUAUUUUCACAAUGUGUGGAAGACGAUUUUGGAAGCUAUCAGAGUGUAGCUGAGUGUCUUACUCAACUGGUGACGCGGACCUGUUAGCUUUAGCCUCAGUGUUUUAGCCCAACAUCAUAAAUGUAGCCAUCAAGUGUAUAUUUAUCACCCCUUUUACAUCAUUUAAAAAAGAGGCAGCUAGAAAAAUCAGCUGGAGUUUGAAGCCAACUCGUGGAGCUAACGUUAGCUUAAUUCCUUGUUUACCUCUGUAAGAAAUAAUACUAAAAAUGUUGAGUGCCACCGUUAUCGUUGUAAACUGCUUAUGUGCCAUGCGAAAAGUAACUAGGGCAGACUGGGCUUAGCUAACGGUCAAUCAACCUGAAUUGUGUUAAAAAAAAUCAUUCUUUAUCUAUCAAUUGUAUUAAUUAUUUUUUUAUUUAAAUGCUCAUUUAAUUUGUAUGUUUACUACUGUACAAUUUUAACUAUUUUUACCUCUGGGUGCAGUGUUUGCAUUGGCCCAUAAUAGGGUGACACAAUGUAAUCACAGAUCAAUUUUGAACUCGAGAACUGAUUUAUUAAAAAUGUAAUGAUGAAUAUUUGGGAAUGGAGGGUUGACAUCAGGGGACACAUGUAUUAUUGCUAAUAUAAAGUGCUGAAUAAUAAAUUAUUUGAAAUCA